UGGACCGACGCAUACACAUCGAUUGUUUGUAACUUGUUUGCAGAACAAGUUAAGAAAGGCAAUAGACCAAAUACACAUUUGAACUCUGUAGGCUAUACAGAAGUGUCAAAUAGGUUUUAUCAGAUGACAGGAAUUUAUCUUAGCAAGAUGCAAUUGAAAAACAAGUGGGACAAGUUGAAGACAAAAUUAUCAGCAUGGAAUAGAUUAAUGAAGAGGCAAACAGGAACAGGUUGGGAUAGAACAAAGGGUGUGAUUGACAUGGACGAUGAGUGGUGGAGGAAGGCAAGAAAGGCUAUCCCAGGAUGCGGCGGGUUCAGGACAAAACCUCUGCAAAAUGUGGAUGAUUUGACCGUUAUGUUUGGUGACAUCAUUAAUGAUGAAACAGAUCAUUGGAACCCUAUGACUUCGAACCCUAUCAUACCCCAAAAUGAUGACACUCCUAUUGAAGUAGACCUUGAUGUUGGUGAGAACCUUGAUGGUGGUGGGGAUGACAUUGAGGAUAAUGGAGGUGUUGCUGUGAAUGACAUUGAGGAGGUAUCUCCAUCCAUUGGCAAUGCAAAAAGAAGAUCGAGGGUUGUCAUAGACAAAGGAAAGAAAGCAAAAACAGGAACCGCACUUGUGAUUCAAGAAAAAUUGAGUGAGAUAGCUGAACAAGCCAAGGCUUUCACAUCAAGAAAGGUUGGCGAAGUUACUGUUGAACAAGUAAUGGAUCUUGUUUUGGAUUGUGGAGCGGGGUAUGGUACCGAUGAGCAUUUUAUUGCUACUGAGUUGUUGGUGAAGAAAGAUCAAAGGGACAUGUUCAUGACACUUCCAACUAAGGACAUUAGAUUCGGUUGGCUUACGAGGAAGUUCAACGUCAAAUACGGGAACUGAAGAUCACCAUUUGUUUUUUUCA